UGGCCAUUCAAUGAAGAGAGAGAACUACACUCUCAUUCUUGAGUUUGUUUUUCAAGGUUUCUCCAGCUUCCAUGAACACCAGCUCACCCUUUUUGUGGUGUUUCUUGCACUGUACAUCUUAACUCUGGCAGGCAAUGUCAUCAUUGUGACCAUUAUCCGGGUUGAUCGUCAUCUUCACACCCCCAUGUAUUUCUUCCUGAGCAUGCUGUCUACUUCAGAGACUAUAUAUACGCUGGUCAUCAUCCCAAAGAUGCUCUCCAACCUCGUGGGUCUGAGCCAGUCCAUUUCACUGGCAGGCUGUGCCACACAGAUGUUCUUUUUUGUAACCUUUGGCAUUACUAACUGCUUCUUGCUCACAGCAAUGGGAUAUGACCGUUAUGUGGCCAUCUGCAACCCCCUGAGGUACACUGUUAUCAUGAACAAGAGGGUGUGUGCCCAGCUGGUAGGGGGAGCGUGCAGCAUUGGGCUGAUUGUAGCCAUGACACAGGUGUCAUCUGUAUUCAAGCUACCUUUCUGUGCCACAAAGGUUCCCCACUUCUUCUGUGACAUCCGACCUGUGAUGAAGCUUUCCUGUAUCAAUACGGCCAUCAAUGAGAUCUUGACUGUUAUCAUCAGUGUUCUGGUGCUUGUCACACCCAUGGGGCUGGUUUUCAUCUCUUAUGUCCUCAUUAUCACUACAAUCCUAAAGAUUGCUUCAGCUGAGGGCCGUAAGAAGGCCUUUGCCACCUGUGCUUCCCACCUCACUGUGGUCAUUGUCCACUAUGGCUGCGCCUCCAUUGCCUACCUCAAGCCCAAGUCAGAAAACACCAGGGAUCAGGAUCAGUUGAUCUCAGUAACAUACACUGUCAUCACGCCUUUACUGAACCCUGUGGUGUACACUCUGAGGAACAAAGAGGUCAAGGAUGCUCUGUUUAGGGCUAUGGGCAAGAAAAUUUCCUGA